CGUUGAGAACCGAGAUAACAGGUUUUUUAAAGCGGCCACAAAUUCUGUAUCGUGCGACACUUCAAUGUCGAUCUUAUCUCAACUAGAAAUCCUUACUUAAACGAAAGCGGAACCAAGAGUUCGUUAGUGUCUUCCGACAACGUCUCAUCCGAGGAUAAUCGCUGCGAUAUCGAAGGUGCCAUCGAAGAGAGGUCGAAAUCAUGUGGAAAGCAGUGCUGUUUCUCGGCGUUUUCCUCAUAAUCGGAGGUAAAUCGCAGGAAUGCGUGCCACGCGACUUCGGAAACAAGAAGAUCGUGUGCGUUUGCAAUGCAACCUACUGCGACGAGACGCCGGAGAGAGUCCCAAAAGUGCCGGCAGACGGUAGUUUCUAUUGGUACGUUUCAACGAAGGGUGGUCAACGAUUGAGUUUCGCGGAACAUAAGUUCGGCGAAUGUAAAAGCUCGCCGCUCGCGUUACUGAACACCGUCAUCUUGAACUUGGACCGUACGAAAAAGUACCAAAGAAUUUUAGGUUUUGGCGGUGCGUUCACCGACUCUGCUGGCAUAAACAUCAAGAAACUUUCGAAUGCUAGUCAGGAGCAACUGAUUCGAUCAUAUUUCGGCAAAGGAGGAAGCAGAUACUCGAUGGGUCGACUGCCGAUCGGGGGUACCGAUUUUUCAACGAGAGUUUACACGUACGACGAUAAGAAAGACGAUGUUACCCUGAAGAGCUUCUCGCUGGCGCCAGAAGAUUACGAUUACAAAAUACCGUACCUGAAGAAAGCACUUGAACUGCAACCUGACUUGAAACUCUUCGCCUCUGCCUGGUCUCCUCCACCGUGGAUGAAGACCAACGACAAGAUCAACGGCUUCGGUUUCUUGAAGAAAGGGUAUUACUCGCUGUACGUCGACUAUCUCUUGAAAUUCCUACAGAGCUAUAAAGCAAACGGCAUCCCUGUAUGGGGCCUGUCGACCGGUAACGAGCCAAUAAACGCCUACAUACCUUUCGAUCGUCUGAACACCAUGGGAUGGACAUCCGAGACCUUGGCCGAUUGGAUCGGCAAUUUUUUGGGACCAAAACUUGCCGCGUCCAACUUUAACGAUACCUUGAUUUUAGCUCUCGACGACCAAAGGGUCUUCUUACCCUGGUUCAUACAGAAAGUCUUCGACAACUCAAAGGCGAAACAGUAUACCGCCGGUAUAGCUGUCCAUUUUUACGCCGAUUUCCUUUCGCCGCCGUCUGUGUUGACCGACACGCACAACGAUUUCCCAGAUAAAUUAAUUCUGAUGACCGAGGCAUGCACAGGAGUCGGACCGUUCGUUAAGCACGUGGACCUAGGACAAUGGAAUCGAGGAGAAAAAUACAUCAUGAGCAUAAUGGAUUAUAUGAACAAUUGGGCGAGCUCGUGGUUCGACUGGAACCUUGUGCUGGACGAGACCGGUGGACCAAACUGGAUUCAUAACAAUGUUGACGCGCCUAUUAUCGUAAACGCAACGUCCGACGAAUUUUACAAGCAGCCGAUGUACUACGCUCUGAAGCAUUUCAGUAGAUUCGUCGAGAGAGGUUCCUCCAAGAUAUCCAUCGACGACGAUAUCCUAGUUAGAGCCACGGCGUUUGUUACACCGUCCAACGAGACCGUCGUCAUCCUCUACAACAGAUUGGACUUCUCGAAGAACGUUGUCAUCAAAGAAGCAAACAAAGAAGACCUCUGUCUAGAACUACCGCCAAAGUCUAUGAGUACUAUCAUCUAUGGGCACUAAGAUUAUUACCGACCGUUAAGCAAAACCAAUAAUAAUAAAAAGCAAUUUCAAAUUA